AUGCAGUUGGGAUACUUCUGGUCAUUUUUCUGCUUCUAUGCUUCCGUUUUCUUCCUGUACCUUGGCCUCACUGAUUGUGCGCUUGGUGGGAAUGAGACAGACCGGUUGGCUUUGCUUGAAUUCAAGGCCAGGAUACCUCAUGACCCCCUUGGAGUUAUGAGCUCAUGGAAUGAUUCCAUUAACUUUUGCCUGUGGCAAGGUGUUACUUGUAGUCACAGACACCAGAGAGUCAUUUCACUGAAUCUCAUGUCCCUGCAGCUUGCAGGCUCCAUAUCACCGCAUAUUGGAAAUUUGAGCUUUUUAAGAGAGUUGAGUCUAGAUAACAACAGCUUCAGUCAAGAAAUCCCUUCUGAAAUUGGUCGUCUUAGCAGACUGCAGUAUCUCUAUCUCCUUAAUAAUUCACUUAGCGGUGGGAUUCCAUCAAAUUUAUCCGGAUGCUCCAACCUAAUCAAAUUUCACGUUUAUAACAACCAGCUUAUUGGAGAAAUACCUAUAGAGAUUGGCUCCCUUUUAAAGCUCAAAGUUUUUACUGUUUCUUGCAACAACCUGACAGGAACUAUCCCAGCCUCUUUUGGAAACUUGUCAUCCCUUGAUAUACUCGCUGCAGGCGAGAAUUACUUCAGUGGGAGAAUUCCCAAUGCUCUAGGCAAACUAACGACCCUUAGGAAGCUUUUCCUGUAUAUGAACACAUUUUCUGGCACAAUCCCGCCUUCUAUCUACAAUCUCUCCUCUCUGACAGAUUUAUAUUUAGCAGGCAACCCAUUUUAUCCUGGUAGUCUUCCCUCCAAUCUAGGAAUCUCACUUCCAAAUCUUCGACAUCUCGGAAUGUUCCAAGCCCAGUUGAUAGGAUCCAUUCCACCAUCAUUGUCUAAUGCCUCAAAUUUAGAAUUGAUCCAACUGCAAUUGAACAGUCUUACUGGCCAGGUGCCUACUUUUGGGAACUCACUUGGACUUCAACUCUUUUCUAUCGAAUACAACUUUCUUGGGAAUGGGGGAGCCAGUGACUUGAAUUUUCUCUCCUCGUUAACCAAUGCCACCAAUUUACGAGUUUUGGUUGUAGGCGACAAUAACUUUGGAGGAAUGUUGCCUGAACGAAUUGGCAACUUCUCAACUACGCUUGAAAUUAUGCGGUUUAAUGACAAUCAUAUAGUUGGAAACAUCCCAGCAGGGUUACAAAAUCUCAUCAACUUAAUCGUCUUCCUGGCACCAGGCAAUCAUCUCUCAGGUAACAUUCCAACUGUAAUUGGAGAGCUUAAAUAUCUACAGAUACUGACUUUAAGUUUUAAUGAGUUAUCGGGGCGUAUUCCAUCUUCUGUUGGGAGCUUAACCAAUUUAUAUGAAUUUUCUUUAGCAAGCAACAAUCUUCAGGGAGACAUCCCCUCGAGUCUUGGAAACUGCCAAAAUUUGCAAAAAUUGGAUCUUUCUUAUAACAAUCUAAGUGGUUCCAUGCCAGCACAAGUUAUAGGCCUUUCUUCCUUGUCCAUUUACCUAGACUUGUCACAUAAUCGAUUGAGUGGUGUCAUUCCCUUACAAGUCGGAAGUCUGAAAAAUUUAAAUGUGCUCAAUGUAUCUGAGAACAUGUUGGCAGGUGAGAUUCCUAGCACUCUGGGUAGUUGUGUGAUGUUAGAAUUUAUAUUCAUGCAAGGCAAUUUCUUCCGAGGACCCAUUCCUUCAUCUUUGAGCUCACUGAGAGGCCUUCAAGAAUUAGAUAUUUCAAACAACAAUUUAUCUGGUGAAAUUCCAGAAUUUUUAGGGGACUUGAUCUACUUGAAAGUUUUGAACCUAUCCUACAACAAUUUUGAGGGUGUGGUACCAGUAGGAGGAGUUUUCAAGAAUGCAAGUCGAACUUCAGUUAUUGGAAAUAGCAGACUUUGUGGAGGAACACCCGAAUUUCAUCUCCCUGGAUGCAACUUUAAACACUCAAAAGGGAAACUGUCCCUUGCAUGGAAGAUAGUAAUAUCAACACUUUCGGGACUGCUAUGUUUAAUUCUUGUGCUUUCUAGUUAUUUCCUAUUUUUAACUAGAAAGAAAAGAAACGAACCUGCUUCAGACUUUGCUGAAAAUUUGCAUUUGAUGGUGUCUUACCAUAGUCUCUCAAAAGCUACAGAUGAUUUCUCCUUGGCUAAUUUGAUUGGAGCUGGUAGCUUUGGAUCUGUAUAUAAAGGAAUUCUUGAUCAAAGUGGAAUGGCUAUUGCUGUCAAGGUGUUUACUCUUGUACGCCAUGGAGCUUCAAGGAGUUUUACAGCGGAGUGUGAGGCUUUACGGAAUAUUAGACAUCGAAAUCUCAUCAAGAUACUAACUGUAUGCUCAAGUGUUGAUUAUCAGGGGAAUGAUUUCAAAGCUCUAGUCUAUGAGUUCAUGGCUAAUGGGAGUCUAGAGGAGUGGUUACAUCAGAAGCCAACAACAGAUGAGACACAAGAAACUCCGAUGAGUUUGAAUUUACUUCAGAGAAUAAAUGUCACCAUUGAUGUUGCUUGUGCACUGGAUUAUCUUCACCAUCAGUGUGAAACGCCAAUUGUUCAUUGUGAUCUCAAGCCAAGCAAUGUUCUCCUGGACCAUGAUAUGACAGGACAUGUAGGUGAUUUUGGAUUGGCAAGAAUCCUUUCAGAAGCCACACAAGACUUGCCUGCUAGUCGAACAAGUUCAGUCGGUGUAAGGGGAACUGUUGGUUAUGCUGCUCCAGAAUAUGGGAUGGGAAGUGAAGUGUCAACUGGUGGUGAUGUAUACAGCUAUGGCAUCCUCUUGUUGGAGAUGUUUACGGGAAAGAAGCCAACCAAUGACAUAUUUAAAGAAGGUUUGAACCUUCACAACUUCGUUAGGGCAGCUCUGCCUGAUAGAAUGCCAGAGAUUAUGGAUCCAUUUCUGCUUCGAGAAAUUGUCAAAUGGGAAAAUGGGGGCCCAGGAGGCUGUAGAGUUCGGAAGAGCUUAGUUUCUAUAUUAGAAAUUGGAGUUGCUUGCUCUGCAGAACUUCCACAUGAACGAAGGAGUAUCAGCAAUGUUGUGGCAGAGCUGCAAUCAAUCAAAAACGAACUCCUUGGAGCUAGGGGACACAGAACUAUUACACUGCAAGAUGUUUUAUUAGAUGAUCAAUCAAAUAAGACAGAAGAAGCAUCUCCACCACCACCACCAUCACCAUUUGAUUUCCUAAAGAAUUUGCAGGGAUCUCAAAAGGGUCAAAAAGUUAAAGGCGUCGAAGAGCUAAAAGAGUACCUUAAACGAUUUGGCUACCUAAACCAUGACCAGUCCAGCAGCAAUUAUUUGAACACCAACAACAAUAAUGAAGGUGGUGGUGGUGAUGAUGAUUUCGAUGAGCAAACAGAGUCUGCCAUCAGAAAGUUUCAGCAGAAUUACAAUCUCACGGUAACAGGAAGCUUAGACUCAAAUAUUGUAUCGAAGAUGAUGAUGCCACGAUGUGGUGUGCCAGAUAAAAUGAAUGGUAACAAUGCAGGAUUUCAUCUUGACUACAAAUUCUACGAUGAUUGGGCAAGUGUUAGCCAUUAUACGUUCAAGGACACUGAAGAUUAUGCAAAUGCUGACCUGAAAUUUUCCUUCCAGAAAAGGCAUCAUAAAGAUAAUAAUCCUUUUGAUGGUCCUGGUGGGGUUUAUGCUCAUGCUUGGGCACCACCCAUUGGAGCAGUUCACUUCGACAGUGAAGAGAGAUGGACAUUGGGUAAAUUUCCCCAUUCUAUUGAUUUGUACACCAUUAGCUUGCAUGAAAUUGGGCAUGCUUUGGGUCUUCAACAUAGCACAGUUCAGGCUGCUGUUAUGUAUCCAUAUGUUGGGGCUGGAGAGGUCAAGAACUUGCAGGACGAUGAUAUUCAAGGAAUUAGGGCCUUGUAUAAUUUAUAA